GCGACGCCCUGGCGCACGUGGAGGCGGCCGGGCUGGGCCCCAGGGUCAUCCCGCUGGUGCAGGUCUUCGCGCGCGUCAGCCCCGAGCAGAAGGAGCUGGUGCUCAACACGCUGCGCGACGCCGGCUGGGUGACGCUCAUGGUGGGGGACGGCACCAACGACGUCGGCGCGCUCAAGGCGGCACACGUGGGGGUCGCGCUGCUCGCGGCGGCGCCCACGCGGCCGGGGGCGCAGGGGCAGGACAAGGGCGCGCGGCGGCCAAAGGCGGCGGGCGGGAGCGGCGGCGGCGCGGGCGCGGAGGGGGCGGGCGCGGCGGCGGCGGGAACCGUAGCGCUGCCGGAGCGGAAAGCCAAGGGCGGGAAAGCUGCCCCCGCCAAGCUGCCCCCGGGCGCGGCCAUGCUGGAGGAGAUGCGGAAGAGCGGGAAGCCCAUCCCGCCCGCCAUGGAGAAAAUGGCCGCGUGGAUGGACAAGAUGCACGAGGAGAGCGGCGCGGGCGCCGACGGCGGCCCCCCGCUGGUGAAGCCCGGCGACGCGUCCAUGGCGGCCGCGUUCACGGCCAAGGCGUCCAGCGUGGCACCCGUCACGGACAUCCUGAAGCAGGGCCGCUGCACGCUCGUCACCACA